AUGCGAAGGAAAACAGCUGCUCAGGCAAAAUUUUCGAAGAAAAGUUCUCUUCCACUUGCGAGUCGAUACAACAAGGAAAAUAAAAGAAGUACACGAAUGAAGCAUUUUGUUGAAGGAGAAGAAGGCAGUUCAGCUCUAGAAAGCGACGUUUCCCAAAGUAGCUCAUCUAGCGCUCAACAAAAUACUCAAUCUAUAGGCGAACGGCGAUUAACAACGAGUUAUCCUGCUUUUAUGCAUAUUGGGUCUAAAAACAGUCCAGACAGCGAUUCCAACAACCGUUCAAAAAUGGAUUAUCUUGGAAAACAAACUGUGGAUGAACUUCGAACAUACAAAGAACAUGGAAAAAUUCGAUCGCAUUGUAGCACUUCGGCCAGAAGGCAAGCCAAGGAAAGCAGAAAACGAAGUUAUUAUAAGAAUAUUGCAAAAGAAAUAAAAAAAUAUCGAAAAUUGACAAAUUGCUUGAUUCCGAAGAAUUCGUUUAAGCAGUUAGUGCAAGAAAUACUUCGAGGUUAUCAGAAAGGCAAUAACUUCCGCUUCCAGAAAGAUGCAGUGAGCGCACUUCAACAGGUAAAUUUUUUUGCAAAAUUGGAAUAA